AUAAGACGAGUAUUAAAUACUAUAAGUCAACAAGUAAAACAUGAUAAAAUUAUAACAAAUUAAAAAAUCAAUAACUUAAAUUGUUGAAUCAUUAAGUUACCUAAAUUAUAAAAUUCUAAAAGUAGAGGUAUCAACAUGCAAUUAGCUUUAAAAACAAGUUGGAUUGGUUGAUCUAAAUUUGGAUACUCUUUGUACUACUUUCUUAGCUAUCUAACAGAACUCCUGCCGUCCCUUGGUUCCGCAUAUUUUGUGGCUUCUCUAUCUAAUAUACGAUUUUCUAAAUGAGUUUCUAACAAAAAAUAAUUUGAUUUAGUUAAAAAAAAAAAAAAAGGAGGCAAAUAUGGUUGCUGGAUACGAUGUUGCCAUUGAAGACUAACAACUUUUAAACUAUCUUAAAUUAGAUAUAUAUGUAUCUCUUUCGGCAAAUUGAAAUUACAAUUAGCAUUGCAAUUUUUUUUUCAAUACUAAUCCCUUUCUUUUCUAUCCUCUCCAAAUACUAUCAUGGACACCCGGAAGGAGAAAAAUGUCUGGAUGUCUGUUCCACAAUUUGGAGGGUGGGAUCAUAAGGGAGGAGGAGCCAAUUAUUCCAUGGUGUUUUCUCAAGCUCGAGCCAAUAGAAAACAACAAAAGAAUGAUGUCAAACGUGCUAGCCUCGGAAAUGAAAGGGAGUUCAUAGCUACUCAUUAUCGUGACAACAUACCAAAUCAUCAUCUUCAUCAACCUCAAGAUGAUUCUGUUGUGAGGAAAAGGAAGAUUCUGACCUACAUUAAUUGCUGUAUCAAGCCUUGAUUUCCUAAUGGAUCUGAACCACUUCUCAUGUUCCAAACCACUGUCAUCUAUUAUUAUCCUGUAAAUUUAUAGAUGAGAUUUGUUCAUGAAAAAAGUAUCAAACGAACUACUGUAAUUUUUUAGAGUGCUAUUAUACAUGUUGUUUAUAUUGUACUUUU